AUGGAACUUUUCCAUAAGGCCCAAGUGGUACGUUUCCGAAGCCACCAUGACAAGUACCUACUAGCCGAUGAGGAUGAAGAAGCUGUAAGCCAAGAUCGCAAUGGUUCGGUCAAGAAUGCUAGAUGGACUGUGGAGUUCAUUGACAAUGCCAAUGUUUUACGUUUCAAAAGCUGUUAUGGAAAGUACUUAACAGCUUCAAACAUGCCAUUUCUAUUAGGAAUGACAGGCAAGAAAGUGCUACAAACAUUGCCAAAAAGAUUGGAUUCCUCGUUGGAAUGGGAGCCCAUUAGAGAAGGAUUCCAGGUCAGGCUCAGGACACGUUACGGCCAAUACUUACGUGCAAAUGGAGGUUUGCCACCUUGGCGGAACUCGAUCACGCAUGAUAUUCCACAUAGAACUGCAACGCAGGAUUGGGUUCUGUGGGAGGUGGAUAUGGUAGAGAUUCGAAUGCAAUCUCCACCUACUCCACUGGUGUUACAACCGGUUAAACGAACGGAUUCUUUUUCUUCAGAAGCAGGCUCCAAGAUUGAACUUAUGUCCCCUGAUUUGGGAGAAGAGUUGAGUAACGAGUUAUCUGGUUCACCCAUGAAAGCCGAAGGCAGGAUUAUCUAUUAUAACGUGGCUAAUGAAAAAGGAGAUGUUGAGGACGAAUCCAAAGGACUUUCCUUCACAUUCAAGGGGAGUGGUGUGGAGGAAUUAAAGCAAAAGUUGAUGGAAGAGACGGCACUUAGUGAUAUCCUUGUGUGCUCUCGCAAUCCCUUGAAUGGGGAACUGUACCCCAUUCGCUUACAUCUUCCUCCAAACAAGACUAAUAUGCAUGUCGUUGUUGUUCCAUCAUCAUGGAAAGGGAAUCCUACUGAACUAUAAUCCGAGUUUGCAUUUGCGGCACCAUAACGUAUGCGCAUAUUCCGUACAUUAAUUGUACUCCCUAAUUCAAACCACUGGGGCAAGGAAGCACCACAUGAUGCAGAAAAGCUACUAUCUUAUAUUUGCUGCAUGGUUUUUGAAAUUUGGAUAGAGGAAGAGGACUCUUGAAUUUUAUCAUGUUAUAGAUAGAGGAAGAGAACUCAUGAAU